CGUUGUCAAGGCAGCGGCAGAAAGAAAGGCUGGCUCGCGGAAAGUAGCUGCAGUGUCCUGACUGUACAUAUGUCCAAACGUUUACAAACUGUCCCGGAAAGUUAGAUGUAACUACACAGGCCUUUCUAUUUCUUACCAGCUUCAGAAAGCUUAAAGAUAAGUGACAAUGCACAACAAGAGUACAGUGUGAGAACAGAAGAAGAAAAAUGGCCCCGGAUGUCAUUGUACAAAUUCACCCCAGGAUGGCCAUAAUUUGUUGCCUAGAAACUCAUCAGACAAGACAUAAGGAGAAAAGGAUGGGAGAAGAGUCGAUUCUCGACAAUUGCUGAAGUCCAGGAGGAUUACCCAAAUGGACAGAAUGCAGAACUCAAGCAGCUCGCGCUACCGCCCUGCCUCAGAGUUUGACGAAGCCACACUUGCCCGUAAGAGGGAAUACUGGAGGAUUAAGAAGCGGGAGCAGAGGGCCAAGCUAUCAGUGCUCAAGAAAGAAAGGCUAAAAGAAGUGAACACUGCGGUCUGCAAGUCGAGACCUUCUGCUGGACAAUUGCCAGGAACUAAGAAUGGGCAUAUGGCUGUGGCCCUCGGGGUGCCUGGCCCCACUUUGCUAAAAAGUGAUGGGACUUACGAGGCGGGUCUAUAUCAUAAUCCCUCCCACAAUUUUGAGAACAUUUCUAACCAAGGUGAAACGGAGGGGAAUGCUGGCCCCACUGUUGGUCAGAUUUGUGCUUCCCAAGAAGGACAGCCAAUCUCGGCAAGCCAAAAGGACAGGUGGUUUCAGAAGAUAAAACUCAACAAUGUCUUGCCCCAGUUUCCCACAGCAUCUUCAGACUCCAGGAACAGCCUAAGUAAUGCUGGCCGGAAGGCAGUUGGUUGCUCGUCCAUAGGUGCUGUAAGUGGAAAUUUUUCUCCCACUAAAUUGAACGGGGCACGAGCAGACAGCUUCUCACAAGUGCCUGCUAUUAAAAUAAAAGUGCAGCAAACUGGUUUGGCACACUGUGAAGAUCAGAAUGAGAAGCCAGUGCUCAAUGGCAGUUCCUCCACAAUAUCGCCUCAACAUAAUCUUGCACCCCAGACAGGAAUUUACCUUCAGGAUUAUCCUUCAGGAAUUAGGGUACCUGUACAGAGCCCAGGACCAGGAAAUAAUGCAACUAUGUCAGAUGUUCCCAGUUUUACCCAAAUUGAUAUGCUCGAAAGCACGAUAAAAAAAGAGGUGGUUGAUUUGUUACCAGAAAUAGGCAGUCCAACAACACUUAACUCCAACAACCAAACAGUUUUUCCCAAAGGUGAAGAACUGAACGAGAAGGAAGUUGUGGAUAGUGUUGCUGCUGCAGUUGAACCUGUAGCAGCUCAGCAGGCUUCAAAAGCUACCGCCUGCCAUCAGAGGCUUCAGGAUGGUGCUGAACGCUGGGGUCCAGUCAGAUCCAGAAUGCAGAGACAGAAGUUUCUAGAAAGUCAAAGGAUAAUCAGUCAGAGGAAUGUUAGGAGGGCCUUCUCACCAGCUGUGGCCUUAAGCACCAAAAAUGCCCAGAGAAACAGUAUGGAGGAGACCGAUGAGGACAGGAUGGCUAGAAAGCGGGAGUAUUGGCGCAUCAAGAAACGUGAGCAGCGAGCGAAGCUCUCUGGUGAGGUGAAGGCAAAGAUGAAAGAGAGGGAUUCCUUGUUGCGUAGAGUAAAAAGAUAUCAGUGCAUUCUUGAUGAGAUGCGCAGGGCAAGGAUGGCAGCCCCCAAGUCACAGCAAAGUGUAAAUAUACCUCCUAGUGACAGUGAGACCAUUGGGGGUUUUAUAAAAGAGGAUGGCACCAUGACGAGCAACAUUCCACAAGCUUCAGCAAACUAUAGGUUAUCAGAGCAGGAAACACUCGCUGAAAGUCACACAUUUUCCAAAAACCUGCUCCCAGUCUCUAAUUACUGUAGUGGCAACUCAGUCUUGAGAAAGCCAGUGGAGAUUACUGCUCCACCUCCCUUGAAGUGUGCUACACAAAUGAAAGGCACCAGCUAUCCUAAUGCUAUGACAUCCCUAAACCCUCCACGCUUAGUUUCAAAUAGAGCCAGACCUGCAUCUAACACCAUUCCAAAAAACCUCCAGAAUACUCAUACGACUAUGCCCCAAACAAGCAACUUUCUCAGGCGACCACAUAACCUCCAAAACACUUAUCCAGGACUCACUUUACUCAAGCAUAGGCAAGUUGUAGGAAAACAGCCAGCCACUCCUCUUGCGCCCGGCGGACUUGCACUCAAGAGAGUUCCCACAGGUUCAAGUUGUCCAACAACGGUACCCAAAUGGCACUUGGUGCCAGAACUAAGUGAAGAAGAGAGGAUGGCCAAGAAGCGAGAGUACUGGAGGAUAAAGAAGCGGGAGCAGAGAGCCAAGCGCUCUGCCCGAGCAAGGCAAACUUUAUUUCAGUCUAAGUACAGCUCAGUGAUACAGAGGCAACAAAGUCAAAGGAUUCUCUCGGCUCGCCGCACAGCAAGUCUCAACUCCCUUCGGAGCAUUUCCACUAACCGACCCUCGAGCAGCACUCUACCGUCAAAGCCUGUCAUACCGACAUCUAUCCCGGAUAAACAAGCAAACAUAAAACAAGAGGAGGAACCUGGUCCCACAGAAGAUGUGUGUGGUGGUCAGGAUCCACCAGACAUCAAACCCUGCCUUUCACCUCCCCCAGAGCAGCCGGUGGAGCAGGAUCCAUCUACAGGUAUGGACAGCCAGGCUACCACGCUUCUGGCUGUGGCUUCCAUGAAGAAGCUGUUGGAGGAAUCACUGAGCUCUGUAGCUGACAGCAAUGUUCUGCCAUCCUGUAAACGUGAGCAGGUUAGUUCUGAAGAAGACGUGGCCCAGGUGGAGGUUAAGCCAAGCCUUCCAUCCCUCUCACAAGCAGCGGAGGGGUCUGAAAUCCCGCAAGAGAAGCAUCACAGUGCCCUGGGCUCUACCCCUCAAUCCGCUGUGCUCCAUGCCGGUGAAGAACAGUCUCGAUCCUGUCUGAAGCCAUCUCAAGUACCUUCCACGAGCCAGGCCCCAUCCUGCCAGUCACUGGCCUCCAGUCAGGCAGGGUCCCCCUCCUCAAAUGUAAAACAUUCCCAUACACCCCUGAGCAGUCCGUCAUCCACUCAUGCCCCCAUUUGCAGGCAAGCAACCUCUUCCGACCAGCCCUUCCAACUCCGUAGAGUCCAGAGACUGCGCGAAAAGAGAAUUGGCCAGCAUUGCUGCUCCCCGGUGCCUCCCAGAAAAGCGGUAAAUUCCCCCUCUCAACCAGACGAGGAUGUCCUUCGGAAAAAGAGAGAAUACUGGAAGAUUGCGAAGAGAGAGCAGCGGGCAAAGAAAGCAACACAGGAGAGGGAGAUGAGGAAGCUGGUGCUGCAGGGGAAACAACCGAUACAAAGACUCUCUCAGGGUGCACCAAUCUGCACGGUCAAAAUCCACAAACCAGAGCUGAGGAACGUGGGCCACAACAGUCCUCCAACACUCCACACAACAAAUUCUCCUCCCCUUGCACUGUCCUCUGCUACUGGGAGCCUUACAAGCCUGGAGGCUGUCACCACCCUCCCUAUACGUAAGGUUUUUACCCCUGUGAAAUCCAUCCCCCUCCGUUGCCCCAAUGCCUUUAAGAACAAAUCCCCAGCAAAAGAUCCUCCCGGCAAGUCAUCCAGUCUGCCAGUGGCCGACAGCCACGCAUCUCUCAUUUGCAGUACCCUGCCAUACCCAGCAGGUGGCAACAGCAGAGGUAUAGUCCAGUCCGGUGGUGCAGGGAGUGCAGGCCAACUGCUGUUGGUGGGAAGUCAGCAGAACCGAGCCUCCAAUCCCGAUGCGCCCCAGGUCAAACGGUGGCAGAUGCAGGUGCAGGGGAGUACAGACGCUCCUUCCAGUCAGUCAAGUUUGACAAAAAAGCUACCCCCCACCUCAGCACUCCAGGUUGGAGGGACACUGGCACAGGGUGGUGCGGGGAUGCUCACGGGACGGCCGCAAACCUACACUCCCCCGUCCUGUAAUGUCCUGCUCCGUGUCGGACAGGAGGAUGCCCGGAAACCCCCUGACCCGUCCAAACCGAAAACAGUGGAGGAGCUGGAUGAAGACCUCCGAAAGAAAAGGGAGUACUGGAGAGUGAAGAAGAAGGAGCAAAGGGCCAGGAAGGCGGCACGGGAGAGGGAGCUGAAGAGGCAGGGGACAACCGGGAGCUCUCGAGCCAUCCUCCCCGUCAAGGAGCUUCCCGAAAGCCUGGACACGCAGGGACAGGUCUCCGAUCCGUCGCCAAGCAAGGCAUCGGAGAACCCCCAGUUACUACCCAGCACCUCCUCUGAGUACAAUGACCAAGCUCAGCUAGGUCUAACUGCAGCUGGGAAAGAUGAGCUGGACCUGGGUAUAGAAGCUGUUGAGGAGGACGAGGGAGGGGAGGAAGGCCACGAGGACACGCCCUGUUCGGAGGCCUCCUGGAGGACUCGGUUCCUGAUGGACUUUGACCCGCUGAACCAGCUGCUGGUGUGCAUGGUGUGCGGGGAGAUGCAGCACUCGCACAGCGUGGCCGGGGUCAGAGGUCACAUCGAGGAGGCUCACCCGGACACGCUGGCCCUGGAGGCCCGGGAGCGGCAGCGCAUCCUGGAGGCCUGGGAUGAGCAGGUGUUCCUGCGUGAGAGCUUCUUCAGCAACCAGCUGCAGCAGCACAGCGCCGCGCUCUCAGGGGACAGUCUGGAGGGCCCAGCUGAGGUGGAGGUCAUGGUGGAUCUGGAGGAAUCCCCAGCUGUGACCAAUCAGAGUAAAGCAUCGAAGGCGAAGAGCGGCAAGAAAGCGUGAAGUCCCAGCAGAUGUUGACAUUUGAGCAGUAACAUUAACAGACAUGAAGGCCCUGAUGCAAAGCCGACGCAAAGCACAGGUUUGGCUGCUCACAUUGGAUGUGGCCCAUUUCUUGGUUGCUAAGAGGUGUCCUACAUACUCUUUUUGAAGUUUUCCUAUUUAUUUUUUACAGAAGAACUUUUACUGUCACUUUCAAGUGAACAUUGGGAAUAUGAAACCAAAAUGAUUUUGUUUUUAAGCUCAUCAGCACUGGGAUGUGGAUGCAGUCUGUACAGAAGUUGUUUUUGUAAAAUAAACCAAACCUGGAUCUUCUCAUGUUUUUUGCUCUCCAAUCUCCCAGACUAUGAAUUUGUUAUUUUCUGUGCGAAUGCUUUUCUUCCAGGUAAAAGUGGCAAUGCAUGUGAUGUGUAUGCAUUUUAACCAGCCUUUUGAACUUAGCAGUGCUCAGAAUCUCUUUAAACGUUGAUGAAGAACUCUGCCGAGAGGAUAUGAGAUGCCUCUCUUAAAUGGCAGUUUCAGUUCAGGUUCUCUGCAAGAAAUGAGUAAUUGUUCCAAAUUUAAAACUGAGAGAGUGUGACUGGAUGGCCACUGUGUUUACAGUCAUCACAUAUUCAGCUCAAUGUCGGAGCUGAUUUUUCAAAUGCCUUCAUUCCCAUUUCUUGAGCUGUGUAUAUCUUUAUACUGUUCUUUUUAACUAUACUGUACUGUGCUGUUAUUUCACAUCAUCAGUCCAUUAAAUCAGCCCAGAGUGAACAGGGAACACACUGGAUUCCAUACCCUUUUUAAAAAAGAACCGUGCGUCUGCACCGUUGGUGACAUAGCGGUUGUGUCAUUGCUAGGGCUGCCACUCGGUUUUAGGUGAACGUCCAUCUGACUUCAUUCGUUGUGGGUUAAUCUGAACCCACCGUAAUCCUCUUUAACGUACGGAUGUGUAAAGACACUGUGCUCCAGUUUUUUUGUACCCUGCAGUCACAGCUGCUGGUGAUUAGGACUGCCGAGAUCAUCAUUAUUAGUGUUGCUCUUUCCUGCGCUGAUCGUACCGCAUCACGGUCCCCAUUAAAUACAGCCCUAUCAAUUAGACCAGUUGCGUGAGAAAUUGAGAAAUGAAGAAAUAGAGAAAGAGGAGUGAAGAGUUUUCUGAAAUAGGCAACACAGUCUAAGCCCUGCGAUGUCCAUAUUCCCAACACAGCUAACAGUGUGACCAGCACCUGGGUUGUGUGUGCUGUAUAGCUUCUGUGUCUUCCGCUAUAAUGCCUGUCACCCCCAGUACAUGGGCUCAUUUUACAGCUG